AUGGAGAUGCAGUUCUUGGGCCUGGAGCUACAGCAUGUGCCUCACGGCACGAACAAGGAAGCCGACGACAUCGCCAAAAGGGCGUCCAGGCGCCUGCCCCAGGAGCCCAGCGUCUUCGAGGAGCGGCUCUUCAAGCCUUCGGUAGCACCCCCAUCUGUGGAGCCGGCAUCGCCUCAGGAGGAACUCCCCCAGCCACCUGCCUCGGAAGCCCCCGCCUGUGGCCCGACCUCAAGAGCAUGCCUGCUCCUGGCGCUCGAGCCUCAGGAGGGGUGCUGGACCGAGGAGUGCAAGGCAUACCUGGUGCAAGGGACGCAGCCAGAGAAAGAGGAGGACGCGGAGCGCGUGUCCCGACAGGCCACGGCAUACUACAUCCGGGACGGGAAGCCCAACCAGAUGCCAGGAGGCGCGCGCCCUCAUGAGGUGGAAGCUACCCUGGAUGUACCAAGCUAA